AUGGACGUCGCUAUCCCAUUUGAACACUAUGUCAUCGGGCAAAAGAUCGAGGUCACCUGGGUAGCGGCUGGGCUCCGGAAAAUCACGCUCGAAGUUCGGCAGUGGACGCAGAAGAGGGAUGGUGAUGUUAUUGGCAUUCUAGCUCUACGGUUACGAGAAUGGCUCGCUUCGGAGCCGGGCGUUUAUCUUGGAGGACGUAGCCCAAACAUCCCUGCUGACAUCGGCGACGUCAACAGAGACAUUUUCGACGUUGACACAACCGACGAUAUCCAGUACAGUCUUCCCGACGUCUAUCCCUCUACCCCAGUCAACAACGGCGAUCUGCCUCAGACAGCGAAGAUCGGCAUCGGCGUUGGAGUUGGGCUUGGGUCCCUGCUGCUGAUAACUUUGUCUGUUCUUCUGACAAGAUUUGUCUUGAAGCGGCGGGGCAGAGACAGCAAGGCAGAUUUCGCCAGCGGUCCGAAUGAGGAAAUCGUUCAUGAUGUUGGUAAACCACCGCUUUACUCAAGUCCUUUCAUUGUGCACAGCGUUAAUGGUCAUAACAACGCGGCUGAGUUGGCUACUCAGCCUACGUCGGUGGAGGCGGGGAACUGA